CCAUUGAUCAAGAAAAGCUUCAGCUAUCAGCAAUGGAGCCCAUCCCUCUCCUCACGCCGUACAAGAUGGGCCAGUUCGACCUCGCCCACAGGGUGGUUCUGGCGCUGCUGACGAGGCAGCGCUCCUAUACGAACAUGCCGCAGCCGCAUGCCGCCGUGUACUACUCCCAGCGCGCCACCGCCGGCGGCCUGCUCAUCGCCGAGGCCACAGUGGUCUCCGACACGGGGCGGGGCUACACCGACACCCCAGGGAUCUGGACCGCGGAGCAUGUCGAGGCGUGGAAGCCCAUUGUCACCGCCGUGCAUGCCAAGGGCGCGCUCUUCUUCUGCCAGAUCUGGCACGUCGGCCGUGUGUCCACCUUCGAGCUGAAGCCCGGCGGGGCCGCGCCGCUGUCGAGCACGGAGAAGGGGGUCGGCCCGCAGAUGACCUUCGACGGCCGGCUAGAGGAGUUCUCGCCGCUGAGGAGGCUGACGGUGGAAGAGAUACCUGCCAUCGUCGACGACUUCAGGAAGGCCGCCAGGAACGCCAUCGACGCCGGUUUUGACAGCGUGGAUAUCCACGGUGCAAACGGGUACAUCAUUGAGCAGUUUCUGAAGGAUAGUGUCAAUGACCGCACCGACGAGUAUGGUGGUAGUCUUGAGAACCGGUGUCGCUUCGCUCUUGAGGUGGUCGACGCUGUUGUGAAGGAGGUCGGUGGCCACCGUGUGGGAAUCCGCCUCUCCCCUUUCGCCGACUACAUGGACUGCCACGACUCUGACCCCCACUCUCUUGCGCUCUACAUGUCUACAAAGCUCAACGACCACGACAUCCUCUACAUCCACAUGAUCGAGCCGAGGAUGGCCAUCGUGGAUGGCCGGCGAGUGGUGCCGAAGCGGUUGCUGCCGUACAGAGAGGCGUUCAAAGGUACCUUCAUCGCCAAUGGUGGGUACGACCGUGAGGAAGGGGGCAAGGUGGUCGUCGAGGGGUACACUGACCUAGUGGCCUUUGGGAGACUAUUCCUAGCGAACCCAGACCUGCCAAAGAGGUUUGAGGUUGGUGCGGAUCUGAACAAGUAUGAUAGGAUGACCUUCUACACCCGUGACCCCGUCAUUGGCUAUACCGACUACCCCUUCCUCGAAUGAUUUAGAUGUAACUUCUCUUUCUUCGACGACGCAAUUAAAUGUGGUCAUAAUUAAAUUUAUGUGUAAGUGUUGUAUUUUUUUUUUUAAGAUCUCAGAGCUAGCGAGUAGCAGAAUUGAGCAAUCCCGGGACGGUGUGGCUGAGCCUGGGGCCAGCGCACGUAGAGGAUAAAGAUCUCAGAGGUAGUGUAAGUGUUGUAUU